CCUGCCUGCCCGGCAGGGCCUCGGGGGCCAUGUCCCUGCUCCCGUGGCUCCGGGCGAACGAGGCGCCGCCACGGCCGUCCCCGCGGAGCCCGGCGGAGAUGGUGCUGGAGACGCUCAUGGUGGAGCUGGCGGGGCAGAUGCGCGAGGCUGAGCGGCAGCAGCGGGAGCGCAGCCACGCGGUGAGGAAGGUCUGCACCCGCGUGGACUACAGCUGGCUGGCCCGCGCGCCGCGGCCCACCUACGACCUCAGCCCUGGCGAGAGGCUGCAGCUGGAGGACGUCUGCGCCAAGAUCCACCCGGCCUACUGUGGGCCCGCCAUCCUCAGGUUCCGACAGCUGGUGGCGGAGCAGGAGCCGGAGGUGCAGGAGGUCUCCCGGCUCUUCCGCUCGGUGCUGCAGGAGGUCCUGGAGAGGAUGGAGGAAGAGGGGGAGGCGCAGCGGCUGACGCGACAGUGGAGCCUGCGGGCCCCCCGAGGCAGCCUGGCCACCUUCAGGAGCCGCGCGCGCAUCGCCCCCUUCGCCAGCGACAUCCACACCAUCUCCGAGGACGUGGAGCGGGACACGCCGCCGCCGCGGGCCUGGAGCAUGCCCGAGUUCCGGGCACGGAAGGAGGACUGAUCCUGCCUCCCCUGCUCGGGGCGGGGCCCCCUCUGGGAGGGUAUGAUACGGCUGGACCAUCCCCAGUCCUGGAACCUCCCCACUCCACGCCGACCCCAUCAGGGCCAAAGCGACCCCCCAUCCCAAGAUAUGCCUGUAAGAAGAGCAAGAGCGACCCCUCCCUGCCCGGCCUCUCCCGCUGACCGCCAGGCCUAGAGUCAGGGCUUGGAGCUGCACGCAGAGACCCUUGCUCCCCUGCGCAAGUCGGCUGGAGCAGCCCAUUCCCGGCCCCGCAGAGAUUUUUGGGGUCUCAGCAGACAAACCACCACCCCUUCCCCAUCUCCUGCUUCUGUCUGAAACAGAAGGGUGACCUUGCCUAUUGCCAAGUCAUGAGUUCUCACUUCAACUUAAGGAUGUCCCAUCACCCCCACUCCCCGGAUAGUGAUGAGGGACGACCCGUUGACUGGUGGUCAUUCUCUGCUGGUGGCUGGCGCGCAGCUCACCACAGCCGGUGGGUCCCAGCCUGGUGGGUGGGCAGAGCUGGAAGGGACCAGGGGUCCACUGUCAACUAGUGAGUGAAGAAACAGGCUCAGAAGGGGGCAGGCUUCUGCCACCAUUAACUGCAGCCAGAUUCCCUUGGGCGGUGAGACUGUUCCCUUACACACGUGUCUCUGCCCCUGAAUCUGUGAGUCCUGGACUGUGAUGGGACAAGCCCAAGGGCUGAUCUCCACCUGCCUGUGGUCUGACCCAUCUCUUACCUUGGCACUCGUGUGGGGGUCUGAAGUAGCUGGGGGCAGAGCUGGGUUGCUAUUACCCCACCCCACAGUGUCAUCAUGUGGGAGGGGCCAGUCCCC